UGUUUUCGAGAUUUAUUGUAUCUUUUAAUCUUUGAGCGAUAUCUUCGUUUUUGUUUUGUAUUUGUGAUUUUAACAGUUUAUCACAAUUGUCCAGCUGUCACUACUAUUCAAAAUUAAUUUUUUAGAUUCUUAACAAUGGAUCACGAUUUUGGAACUAUAAUAUCAACUACAGUAAAUCCUAGGGAAGAUACUUCUUCGCAAGACGAGACAAAUGAACAAGAUAAAAACAAAAUUAAUGAUCAUAAUGUUGUCAGCUCUAGCAGUGAUAAUAGAAAAACUAUUUCUGUUUUUAUAGAUGACGACGAAUAUGACACUGAUUUGAGCACAUCUUUUACAUCAAUUAAAUCACCUGUUGAGAGUGAUUUUCAUGAGAGUCUUGCUUCAUCUUCUGAUCAUAAUUACAUUCUUGGUGUUCAACGGCCUAAAUCUACUAAUUCAAAUUUUCCCGUUAUCGAAGGACUUAAUCUAGACAGCAUUGAGGACAGUACUUCUACAUCCUUUUUGCCGAGAACUCAACAAACACUUCGCUCUCCAAGUAAAAGAUAUGCUCCAUAUUCAUGUGAUGCUGGAGGAAAUACUUUUUACAGUGGGAAUUCUGGUUAUUAUGGAAAUCAAAUUAAAGUUCCUGAGCGACCUACUCAGCAUAAGCCUCAAUUUGGUCAACAGAAACUUCAAUAUGGUUUGCCCAAUUCUCAGAGACGUCAGCAAAUCACCGAAAGUGAGCGACUCCCCCUUACAUUGCGUCAAUCAGGCUUUAGCCGCACUAUUCCAACAAAUGACAGUCCACAUUCUAUAAUGUCUUCCGAUCGUGGCUCUGUUCCCCCUCAACGAAGUUUUGGAAAUAUUCGUCUUGAUUCAUCAUACAUGCUUGAUGGGUCGCCGGCACCAAUAGUGACAGCAACGCGUGGUAGACCUCCAAGUGGGAGGAACAAAACUGCUCGUGCUGUGCAGGACAUGACACAUCCUAUUCAGAGCAGAAAUUUGGGAAUAGAUUCUUCACAAAAUGGCUACAUUCUUCCGAUCCAACAACAAGGGAAGCAAUUGCCAGAACAACGUCAGCAACAACGUUUCCAUAUACAAAAGCGUAAUGUCUCUUCACCUCUUAUGGGCGGUCGUGGCGAUAAACAGCAAACACAACGUUUUGAUGAUCAGCAACAACAAUUUGAAGACCAACAACGACAUGAUAUUUACCUGGAAGAGGAAGAAAUGCUUAAUCGUGAUUUUUUUGCUCAACAACAUCAAAAAUACUCGCAACAGCAACAGUCUUCAGAUAUGGAAAAAAGUGAUGGGAGACGUGUGCGAAACGAUACAAUAACUCCAAGUGAUCCUGUUCAACCUGUUAAUACUUCACCUAACUUGUUUGAUACUUCCAAGCCGCCUGAUGAUCCAUAUUUGCCCCCUCAACAAGUUGCACAAUAUCCAGGGUUGGGAUUGCAACAGCAAUUUCAACAUCACCAGCGUCAUUAUCCUCAUGGAUUUGAUGCUUCCUCAAUUGAUGGGACAAUUAAUGCUGUUGUAAGGGGGGAUGCCUCUGUCAUGCAACAACAUUUCGGUCCGCCAAUCGGUGAAACGUUAGAGCGCAAAUCUAAUUUUCAACAACAUCAAUUUGAACCCCGUCAGCAAGUUCCAAAUUUUGAAGGACCUUUGCAAAUGUCUGAAUCGACGAGCAUGUCUUAUGCGCCCAAACAACCUCAACAACAAAAUGUUCAAACAUUUCCCUCUAAUUCAUCAAUGAUUCAGCAGCAGCGUCCAACUUCAUCACAAACAACAUUUAAUCAUGGCCUAGAUGAAUUAGCUCAGGCUAGUUCUAAUCUACUUGAGCAGUCGAUGUCUACACAUAGUGAUGGAAUUGAAGAUAUUUAUCAGCAAGAACCCUCAUUAGUUUCUCAGCCAAGACAUCAAAAACAAUCUCAAUCGGGACAGCAUCAACAGACUUUACAUUUUAAAGUUGUUCAGACCAAUCAUCGAGAUGAACCGUCAUCGUUUCCCCAACAUCAGAACUACAUGCAACAAGUGUUUACAGUACAGCAGCGACAAAGACCUGAUGAUUUUGCUCCAAAGGAUUUUCCUCGGUCUGAAGCUUUGCAUAAAUUUUCACCUUUGGCAUCACCGGUUAGGCAAAGAGAAGCCCGAUUGGGUAGUAGUGGAGGUUCCGGACGCAGACAACGGCUUAGUAUGGAAUUCUCCCCCGUUCCAAUUGCUCCUACAAGUGGCUUAGAAGCGGAAGAGCCUGAACUCCAACAAGCUGGAGAUUUUACAAAACCGAUGAAAUGGCAACGAUCAUUUCGCAAGCAGACAUCAGACGAAGCUAAAGCAAAGAAAACUUCUGUUGUUCCCGUUCGAGCUUCGAAUGCAAAUGAAUCUCUUUUGAAGGAUAAGCCGAAAAAUACACAAGUCCGUGGGCCUUACAAGCGUCGUAGUAAUGUGGAGCGGGAUGAGACACAACAACAGGAAGGAUUGGACUAUAUAACUCGUUGUAUUUGUGGGAUGAAGCAUAAUGAUCCAUUCAUGAUCCAAUGUGAUAAGUGCGACGUUUGGCAGCAUGGUGUUUGCGUGAACAUAAAGGAGGAUAAAGUGCCUGAUACUUAUUUGUGUGAACAGUGUCAGCCACGGGAGCUUGAAUUAACUCCAAAACAAGCAAAAUCUAUUCAAGUACGCAAUUUAAUAGCGACGAAAGCGCCUAAGCAAAAGAAGAUGAAUAAAUCGAAGUCUUCUUCAAUUAAAUAUCGUUCUAAAACCCCAGCACUUUCGGCUGCUCUUAAAUUUGCCGGCAAAAUACGGCGUACAAAGAUGUUGUCUGGUGUAAUUUCAAAAAGACGAGAACUUCCAAGAAGAAAAGAUGGAAUGCGUCCGCAGUAUAAGUCAUUCAUUAAUGUCAACUCAAAGGAGAAGAAGUCUGUCACCAAACGACAGAAACAAAUUCAAAAUGAAUCUUCGAGUUCUUUGCAUAACCAAUAUUCGAGUGGGGUUCAGUCUUUGAUGAUUAGUUUGCCACCUUACGUUUUGGGUGAGAUUGGUUUACUACGCCGGCUUGAUCAUAAUCCGUUGGCAAGACCAAUGCUUGUUGCACCUAACAUUGAAGGACUUGUUGCUACGCCUGGAAAGAAUUCAAACAUUCCAUUGGGUAUGCCGAUUGUUGAAUAUACUGGCACAAUUUCUCUUCUUAACGAAGUAAAAAACUUGAAUAAAAUGAUUGGAGACAAAUUUACUUUAAUUUAUAGUGGUUUGGGUGACAAUAACAAAGUUAUGAUCGAUGCAACUAAAAGUGGCUCCAUUGCUCGUUCGGUUAGACGUUCAUGUCGAUCUAAUGCGACGCUACAACACGCAGUCAUCAAUGGUCAGUUACGAAUAUAUCUUUAUGCUGCAAUGAACAUUGACCGAUCAUCCGAGGUGACAAUUCCGUUUGAUUAUGAUUAUCGUGAAUCAAAAGAACCUGUUGAAUGCGCAUGUAACACUUUGUUGGGAGUGAGUUUCAUUGAUCAUUGCCCUAUUUAUGCGUUUAACAAAUUGCUCGAAGAUAAUGCAAACAAUAAAACGAUUAGUGGUAAAUCAACUACUGCUCCUCCAACUUUAAAAAAGUCUCCUGCAUUUUCACCUCAGCGCCAGGCUUAUUCACCAAGGCUGACGCGUAAUUCAUUGAAUAGUCCAAUUACAGUGAAAUUCGAAAAUGAUACAACCCCAGCCCUUGAAAAGCAAAAAUCUCCAUUAAAAAUAGAACAUGUAAUUGAUGAACAUAAGAGUCCUUCUGUUGAUUCAAUUGGGGAUCCUCUUUCAACAACUCGGCCUCAGAGACGCACUCCCAGGACAAGCAAUUCAAUUGGCGCGACAACCCCAAAACUUGAAUUGGCAAAAUCACCAACACCAAAUGAUCCAAAAUUUAUAAGUAGUGCUGCAUCAACAAUUUUAGAAUCCAAGGUUAUGCCACGUAAAUUGCUCUCUUCAUCUUCACCGGCUGCCUCAUCUCCCAAACGCACUUUAGUAUCACCAACUAGAGGCUCACGUUCAAACACUUCGACAAUGUUAGGGAAGAUUAAGUGGGGUGACAAACCACCGCCAAAUAAACGGAAAGAAUCUCUCAAUGAAUCUUCACGUUCACCUUCAAAAAAGAUUACUAUUACUACACGAUUGUCAGGUACUUCUCCACGGUUGGCAGCAUCAAUAUCCAAGAAACCGAAAAAGGAAGAAAAUGCCGAACCGAAUUUAGUUGAUGAUAAGCAUAUAAUGUCUCGUGAGGAGCGCAAAUUGCAGGCUACAAUUGCUUCUAUUGAACGUGCUGAACACCUCUCACAAGAGAAAAAGCGCAAACAAAUUGAAAAAAUACAUCCACCUUCCGAACCUCCCAUCGUUACUAAAUUGAAACGGAAAUCUUUUAAUGCCAAGGCUUCAUCUGUCAAAUCUGUUCAAAAUGAAUCUACUAAUAUUAGUUGCAAAAAGUUGUUUGAAGAAUUAAAUAAAAUUACGAAAAUGAAACUUGGAAAGUUGCAAGAGUUUAAAUUGCCUUCUGACUAUGAUGCUUUGCGUUCGGAAGUGAUGAAAGAAUAUCAAGCGAAAGGAGAAAUUAGUCCUUCAAAAACAGAAAUUCAUUCAAAGAAGACAGAGAAAAGAUCGAAAUCACUUCGUGGAUCAUUAGGUUAUGCAACAACAUCAAAAGCAUCAAUAACAAGAGAAGAUCAAACAAAGGAUGAAGAGACAUCUUAUAAUCAAAAAUUGGUUUCUCCGGCGAGUGAUGGAUGUGUUUGGGAAAAAGAACAAAUAAGUGAAUGUUCUUCUGAACCUAUUAAAGUGGCUAGUGCUCCACCAACAACAAUCAUCAAUACAAGUGAUAUUGAAAAGACUGAAAAAGAAGGUGCUAAUAUGGAAGUUGACACGGAGGUACCGAUUCGUCCACCGAAUACAAAGGCACAUAAGAAAAUAACUUUGGAAGAAUACAAGCGAAAGAAGAAGGCGGAGAUGGAAGCGAAACAACAAAAUACUGAAGAUAAUGCAACAGAUAAAGAGACGCUUGCUAUUCAAGAACCUUCGACGUCGCGACCUUCCUCUUCAACGAUGUUUUCAGCUUCGUCUGUAAUGGCCACUAGACAUUCUCCACGCAGAUCCUUCAUUCCUGCUAUUAGCAGUUUGCCUUCGUCGCCACCCCAACAACUUGAGGAUUUUGCACAAAGUCCUCCAGCAAUUGGAGUACGUCAUAAACAACUUUUCAGCGCACCGUCACUUGACGAAUUGAAAAAGAGAAUCCAUGGUGAAUCAAGCUUUUCCAGUAGUGCCGGAUCAUCAAUGGGAGAAGAAUUAGGUAAAUAA